AUGGUCAGUCAGACAGUAGGAAUGCACAGUGCUAAAUAUUUCUUAGACAAAUACAAGAUGAAAUUACGUUAUCCACAUUUACCAUGUCUUCAAGUUGGACAGGAACAUAAACAUACAUAUCUUCCUUUAGAGGUCUGUAACAUAGUUGCGGGUCAGCGGUGCAUUAAAAAAUUAACCGACAUGCAAACAUCAACCAUGAUAAAGGCAACUGCAAGAAGUGCUCCUGAUCGUGAACGAGAGAUUAAUUCCUUAGUUCGUCGAGCUGAUUUUAAUAAUGAUUCAUAUGUACAAGAAUUUGGUCUUACCAUAUCAAACAGUAUGAUGGAAGUGCGUGGUCGUGUUUUACCACCACCAAAAUUACAAUACGGUGGACGAACUCUACCAAAUCAGGGAGGAUUAAAUGUCCAACAAACUAAACAACAAGCAUUACCAAAUCAAGGGGUUUGGGAUAUGAGAGGCAAACAGUUCUUUACAGGUGUCGAAAUUCGUAAUUGGGCAAUAGCUUGUUUUGCACCACAGAGAACUGUGCGUGAGGAUGCAUUAAGAAAUUUCACAACACAACUCCAAAAGAUAAGCAGUGAUGCUGGCAUGCCAAUAGUCGGUCAACCAUGUUUUUGUAAAUAUGCUACGGGGCCUGACCAAGUAGAACCCAUGUUCCGCUAUUUAAAAUCAACAUUUACUGGAUUACAGCUUGUAGUUGUUGUUUUACCAGGGAAAACUCCAGUAUAUGCUGAAGUCAAAAGGGUUGGAGACACUGUUCUAGGAAUGGCCACACAAUGUGUUCAAGCAAAAAAUGUUAAUAAAACGUCACCUCAAACAUUGUCCAAUUUAUGUUUAAAGAUCAAUGUGAAAUUGGGUGGUAUCAAUAGCAUUCUUGUACCUAGCAUCAGACCUAAAGUAUUCAAUGAACCAGUGAUAUUUUUGGGUGCAGAUGUAACUCACCCACCUGCAGGUGACAAUAAAAAACCAUCCAUUGCCGCAGUAGUAGGAUCUAUGGAUGCACAUCCCAGUCGUUAUGCUGCAACUGUACGUGUGCAACAACACAGACAAGAAAUCAUUCAAGAACUUAGUUCUAUGGUUAGGGAACUUCUAAUCAUGUUCUACAAGAGCACUGGAGGUUAUAAACCUCAUAGAAUUAUAUUAUAUCGUGAUGGAGUAUCCGAAGGACAGUUUCCUCACGUCUUACAACAUGAACUUACAGCUAUUCGAGAGGCAUGUAUAAAGUUGGAAGGUGAUUACAAACCAGGAAUCACUUUUAUCAUUGUUCAAAAACGUCAUCACACCAGAUUGUUCUGCGCUGAUAAAAAGGAACAAUCGGGAAAAUCUGGAAAUAUUCCAGCUGGUACAACCGUUGAUGUUGGAAUAACACAUCCUACAGAAUUUGAUUUUUACUUAUGUAGUCAUCAAGGGAUUCAGGGAACAAGUCGGCCAAGUCAUUAUCAUGUUCUAUGGGAUGACAACCAUUUUGAGUCUGAUGAAUUGCAAUGCUUAACAUACCAAUUGUGUCACACUUAUGUCAGAUGUACACGUUCUGUAUCUAUACCUGCGCCGGCCUAUUAUGCUCAUUUAGUUGCAUUUAGGGCUAGAUAUCACUUAGUUGAAAAAGAACAUGACAGUGGUGAAGGAUCACAUCAAUCUGGCUGUAGUGAAGAUAGAACACCAGGCGCAAUGGCGCGAGCUAUCACAGUACAUGCUGAUACAAAAAAAGUUAUGUACUUUGCUUAA